AUGCAGCGCCAGGCCAGCAGUAAGAGCAAGCCGCAGACGCAACAGCACCAGCAACCGGCGCCGCAGUCACAGUCGCAGUCACAGUCGCAGUCACAGUCGCACGCCGCCAAGAGACACGACCCGAAGCAAACGACACCGCUUGUCGUCUCCUCCAACAACAACACUGCCCCCGCUGCCUCCCUCGAAGCUGCUCUCAUCGACCAGCAGUCCUCCGCCGCCCCCGAGGACCCGGCCAUGGCCCGUCAGAGGAGGCGUCCUAAGAAGCCUGACCUCGCCGGCUCUCGUGUGGAGAAGCCCGGAUCGACGGCCACCACAACCACCAACGGCACAUCCAGGACCAGCAGUCGCAGUAGGCACGCCGGCAACCCCAAGAAGCAUCACGACGGCCGCCAUUCGGCCGCCAAUGCCGCCGGUCCCGCCCUUCGCAAUGCCGGCGCCCCUCCCACCCCCCAGGCCACCAACGGCCUUACCAAUGGCAGACCUCACAUCACAUUUGGCGACAAGAAUUCCGCCCAAGACCCUACUACCACCUCGUCGUCUUCGCGGCAGGUCUCGACUGCUCCUUCUGUCGCCGGUGACGUCGAGUCCUCUCUGGGCCUGACGUCGCCGUCGGCCUCCGCCCACGGUCUCCAUUCCGGUAAAUAUACCCACCCUCCGCUCACAUGGUCUUCGUUUACUCGUUCGCUAUUGCUAUCAUCGUUUCCUGCUGUUCUGGGAGCUAACAUUCUGCCCGCCGUAGCUUCAGAUGUCGCACCUGCCUCUGCCUUGGCUUCACAGUCCCAGCCUGGCCUCGUGGGGCCCGUCGAAGACGCCGCUACCCCGUUCCCUGAUGUCCAACCGAAUGGCAACCACGCGCCAGUCUUCCCUGCGCCCAACUCGGCCGGCCUUCAUGCUCCGCAGUUCAUGGGCCCUAACGGGGUUGGAAUCAUGUUUGGCGGCGCCAGAACCCCGGACUCGCACACUCCGUCCCCCGCCUCGGGCGCAUUCAUGCCCCCGCCACCUCCUCGGCCCAUCGUCAAUGGUGUCAACGGUGUCAACGGCGAGAGCCAUGGUUAUGGUCCUAUCAACGGCCAUCACCCGCACCACGGCCACUCUGAGAGCAACAGCACUAACUUUGCGGUCCCCAUCACGCCCUACCGCCCUGGUCCAGACCAUGUCACUACCAUGGAGUCAUAUGGCCCCAUUCCGGCUCCCGUCCCCGUGCAUCGAGGACCUAUGGAUGGCUACGCGCCAAACGGCGUUCACUACGAGCCUCCCACACCCCACAGCUUCCACGGGUCUCAUGCCUCGGGUGAUUUCAACGGUCUUGAUAAUGUCGGGCCUUUCCAUGCUAAUGGCCGUGGCUUUGAGCACGACCAUCGCAACGGCUACGCUCCUCAGAACCAUGGCCAUGGCCACGGCCACGGCCCCGCCGGGCCUCACAUGCAAGCCUUUGUCCCUCCCCACCAGCAUUUCGGCCGCCGCCCGGAACUGGAACUGGAGCCGGAGCUCAUGGACAGCAUCCUGUACUUCCAGAGCCAGUUCGACUCAAGUGAGUUGGCUGACUGUACCCUGGAACUCAAGUUCCCGGACAGCUACACUCAUACUGCAAAGGUCCACUCCCACAAGCUUAUCCUGGCCCGCAGCCCCGCGUUGAAGAACUAUAUCAUGGCCGCGAGAGCCGCCGAUCCGGGGUCCCACGUCUUGACUCUCAAUGCCACGGACCCCUAUCUCAGAUCCGAUGCUUGGUUCGCCGCAGUUCAGCGCUUAUAUCUCCACCCUCUCUUCACCAUCCCGCCCUCGAUGGCCAAUGGCUCAGACUUCGCUGGCAGUAACAUUGACCAGUUCCGUUUCUGCCUUGGGUACGCCGCCGCCGGCCACCUGCUUGGUAUGAACGACGUCCUCGUUCAGGGGUUGCACCUGGCCGCCAAUAUGAUCAACUGGCACAAUGUAGAGGAGGCCCUUAGCUUUACCUUUGAGGGCGCAACGCAGCAUCACUGGGUUGGCGACGACGGCACGGACUACUUUGACAUCGAUUUCGCCUACGGCCGCGAGACUAGGAUUCUCAUGAUGGCUAUUACGAGUUUCCUUGUGAACUGUUUCCCAUCCAACUUCGAGCUCGACACGUCGGUCGUUGAUGCUCCUAGUUACUCUCGACUGCCCCCCGUCGUUGCUACCACAGCUGCGACAGGCAACUCCGCUCCUGCCAUCGCCCGUGGCACCUCACAUCGCAAGCCGACCAAGACCGGCCGGUUCUCUACGAUCAAGUUCGGCGACUUGCCCACGGCUUAUCCCGAAGAGGAGGCUGGGGCCACACCGCGUCGGCCGGCCAAGUGCUCUCCCCUCCUAUCUCGCAUCCUCUUGAACAUACCUUUCGAUGACCUCCGUUUCAUCCUAGCGUCUGAGAGCAAUGGCUCCUCGGCAUGGAAUACUGCCCAGGACCGCUACCAUGCGCUGGUCGAUGUCAUUGCGGAGCGAGAGGCCAGACGUCUGCGCGCCGUUGAUGUGGUACGCGCUGGUGUUGUUCCUGGCUACAAGGAGAUCCAGCAGCGUCUCUCCGCUGAGCGACGCCACAGUGCCGUGGACCAUUGGGACGUCUUGAACUGGCAGGAGGAGAUUGUGCAGCCAACCGGCGCCGGUGUCCCUUGUGUCAUCCGCAAGUGGAUCCCGCAGUUCUCGGCACCUACAGAACGCGAGCCGGAACAGCCUGUCUAUGAGCCGACACGCGUGGAGUCCAUGGUUUAG